AUGGAGCCUACAAACACAGAUGAUGCUUUUAAUGAUUUUGUUCAAGUUGCUGUUGAUCCCAAUUGUGAUGAUGAGAUACAGAAUGAAAUCAUAAGAAACGGCCAACCUAUGACAUUGUCUCCAAAAGUUAUUGAACGAAUUAAUGAAGCUGCUAAUAUUUUAAAAGUCAAUAACUUCGAAAAAAAUAUGAUUAAACCAUUCACUGUUUACGGUUUCGACUUGUUUUCUGCUGGAUCCACAAAAACGAAGUUUGGUGCAAUUAUGGGAAUUCCCUUUAACUAUGCUAUUGGUAAUGUUGAAGAUAUUAAAAAUUCUGGCGUUUGUUAUCGUGGUAACGAAGUUAAUUGGAAUACUGAAUCCGGCAAAUUGUUAGGGGAUGCUCUGGUAUUAACAAAUGAUGAACAAGUAUUUGGACUUUGCAAAACGCUUCUUCAACUUCAAACUAAUCACGUUUUAAUGAAUUCGUUGUUUCCAUCAGUUUCGUUUUUAAUGGUGUAUUCUGUUGGUCACUACUUAAAUCAAAGUUUAAAUCUUUUGCGGAGACCACUAAUCGUAA